AUCACAUAAUAACUUACAUUUUUGUUAAUCUACGCCAUUGUUAUUCAAGGUAUAGAAGACGACCCUGAAGCUAUAUAAACUUCAUAAGUUCUUUCCGUGCAACCUUUCGAAUAUGGCAUCUUUAAGCUGCGGUUAUAAGUGUCUGCAGAUUCUUUUAGUGAUAUUUAAUAUCCUUGUUUUUGCAUGUGGAAUUGCUUUGAUAGUGAUUGGGAGUCUCUCUCAAGUCGCUAUUAAUAACUACUCUUCUGGGAUCGAUUCAAGCAUUAAAGGUCUCGUAAUCUUCGUGAUAGUACUCGGAUGCUUCCUAUUUUUGCUUGGAUUUCUCGGAUUUUGUGGGGCAUGUACAAAAAAUACUUGUUGUCUAAUCUUGUACGCAAUUCUUCUGUCAAUCAUGGUUGCGGCUGAAAUAGCGGCAGGAAUAACGGCUGCUGUGCUGAGAGACGAAGUAAAAUCUCAGUUCCUAUCUUUGGUUAAAAGCUCCGUCAAUGAAUAUAGCAAGAAUCCGGACUUUAAGGAUUUCUUAGACAAGAUACAACAAGAGUUUCAAUGUUGCGGCUCUGAAUCGUCAAGUGACUACACAUCAUCUGGACAAACCGUCCCUGACUCAUGUAAAGAUACAAAAACUAAGGCUAUAUACUCAGAUGGUUGUUCAUACAAAGUAAUCUCCUUCUUUGAAAAGUAUAUUGUCGCCGUUUUAGUAGCGGCAUUUGUGUUCGCUAUCCUUCAAUUAUUGUGUAUUGUUUUCGCUAUCUGUGUUAUACGAGCUAUCAAAUCUGGCGAUUCUGACUGAGAUUAAAAUUAUUGAAGGUUUAAACACUAAAUUUGAUUUUCCAAAAGCCUUUAAACUUAUAUAAUUAAAUCUCUUUCUCUUCAUAUUUUUAUUUUAUUGUCAUUUAUUAAACAAAUAAUGGAAUCUUUUAUUAUGUUCAAAAAACAUUAAAAAAGAACAUGAAUAACCAAAGGUUACUGGACUUAAUAUUGUAAUAUCAACAGAAAAUAUAAAAUCUAAGUAAUGUUUUC